AUCGCUUGCGCAGUUUUGUUUUGUUCAUUCGCUCGUCGGUGGCAGAAGGGGGAAGUUGAAAACGCAGGAGCUCAGCGCCGUUAGACGACGCGAUAAAGCGUGGAAUAAGCAAAGCAAAACGGAAAGAAGCGCGGAAAACGCAACCUCAACAAACAAACAACUGUACAUUUCGCGAAGCGUCUAGAGGAAUUUUGUGUCAGCAAUCAGUUUCAGCUGCAGAAAAUGGACAAAGCAUCAUCACAGACGGAGGCGGACUUGACUGGCCUCCACUUGGGAUGCCUGCUGUGCGAGAAAUGUUUUGUCGGCAUAGAUGCGCUCCAGGAGCAUCACCUGUCCCACUUUCCUUCGGUCAGCCCAAAGCCGAUCCCCAAGACCCACACCUGUGACCUGUGUGGGCGCGCGCUGCACUCGCUGCAGGAGCUAAGGAAACACUACAAGGAAUACCACGAGGCCCUUGUUAGCACGGAGUCGCGUACGGGCGAGUUUUUCGAGUGCGAUCGUUGCGCCAAAUACUUCGUCUUAAGGGACUACCUCAACCUCCACUUGAAGCUAAAGCAUUCCGAGUGGGAGAUCAAGAAACCAAAUGAUUCAGAUCAUGUCUUACAGAAUCCCCAAAAUCUAAAUUAUCCACCGUACUCCGCUUAUAUGAACGGGACUCUGCGCACCGACUAUUACGUGUAGGAACCUACUUCUCAAGAUUGUUAUUAUGGAAUAUUAUUUGAAUUUAAAACCUCUGUUAUUGCUUAUAAACAGGCCAUAUCGGCACUGAAUGCUAAA